AUGCAACCAAUACCUCAAGGUCAACCUCAGGGUCAACCUCAAGCUCAACAAUAUCAAAAUCAGCAAUAUCAACAAAAUAAUCAUAAACCUGGUUCAAGUAGCGGAGGCUCUUCUUCUAAUUCAUCUCAACAUACUUUUUCAUUAACUUCUUCCAAAUCAAGAUCUUUUAGUUCUUUAGGUAAAUUAUCAUCUUCCUUAUCAACUAAAAAAUAUAAUUCAACUGCAUCCUUACUGAAAACUGAUCGAAAUCCUUCAUCAGCUUCUAUUGGCUCAACUAAAACAGUCGUUCCUAAACGACCAGCUGUUUAUCCUGCAUUAUUAUCAAGAGUCGCUAAAGCUUUUAAAGAAUCAAUCAUUUUAUCAAUUAAUACUAAAGAUGGUUUAGAAUAUCAUGACACUUUUACUGGUAAAAUGGCCGUUGAUAUAUUAUGUAAAAUUAUUAGAACAAAUGAUCGGAAUUUAGCCUUAUUAUUAGGAAGAUCAUUAGACGCUCAAAGAUUUUUCAGGGAUGUUACUUAUAAUCAUCGUUUAAGAGAUUCUAUUAAUGAAGUUUAUGCAUUUAACCAUAUUUAUAGUGAUGAUGGAUCAACUGGAGUUAAUGGUGUUUUCACCAUUUUAACUGAUUGUUAUUCUCCAACUUGUACUAGAAAUAAAUUAUGUUAUUCAAUUGCUUGUCCAAGAAGAUUAGAACAACAAGCAAGAUUAAAUUUAAAACCUCAAGGUGGUUUACAAAGAGCAGUUUCAAGAUUAUCGUUACAUGAUCAAGAAACAAAUAAAACUUUAUGGCAUGAGACUGUACCACAAUCAGUUUUAGAUAAAUUAGAUAAAAAGGAAAAAAUGAGACAAGAAUUAAUUUAUGAAUUUAUUUAUACUGAACGUGAUUAUGUCAAGGAUUUAGAAUUUAUGACAGAUUUUUAUAUCAUGCCUUUACGUAAUCCUGCUAAUAAUAUUAUACCUGAAAGGGAACGUGAAGCUUUUAUUAGAACUGUUUUUGGUGGAGUUAAUGAUUUAUUAAGAUUAGCUAAAUCAAUGAGUGAAGCUUUAACUAAAAGACAACAACAACAAAAACCUGUUAUUGAAACUUUUAGUGAUGUAUUUUUAGAUUAUGUUGGAAACUUUGAACCAUUUAUUAAAUAUUCUGGUAAUAAAGUAUUUGCAAGUUUUGAACAUGAAAGACAACAACAAGUUAAUAUGAAAUAUGCUAGAUUUUUGGAUGCCAUUGAGAAGAAGCCAGAAUCAAGGAAACAAGAUUUAUCAUCAUUUUUAAUUAAAGGUGUUCAAAGGCCAGCCAGAUAUCAAUUAUUAUUAGGAGGUAUUAUCAAAAAUACAAAGGAAGAAUCACCAGAUUAUAAAAAUUUAUUAAAAGCUAAAGAAAAAAUUGAAAAAAUCUUAGUUAAAAUUAAUAUUCAAACUGGUGAAAGUACUGAUCGUCAUAAAAUAAUGGUUUUGCAUAGAUUAUUAGGUAAACAAACUUUAGAAGAAAGAUUUAAUUUUAAGUUAAGUUAUAAUAAUCGAAUUAUUUAUCAAGUUACUCUUAAUAGAAAAAGGGAUAAUGAAAAAAUUGAUUUAUAUUUAUUUGAACAUGCUUUAUUAUUGGUUAAACAUAAGAUUCAAAAUAAGAGAGAAGUUCAUAAGGUAUUUGAGAAACCAAUUUAUUUGCCAUUAUUAUUUGUUAAUAGUGGGUAUGAUAUACCAACCGUGAGAUCAGUCAUUCCUCAUAGAAUUGAUGGAUCAAUUGUAUCAGAUACAGGAUUGAAGAAUCGAACAGAAUCGACUAAUUAUAUUAAUGCAGUCAGUGGAUCAGCACCGAAAUUACAAAUUAAUUUUUUGGGAUUAGGUAGAAAUCAAGUUCAUGCAACUUUGUUUGCCGAUGAUGUUACUAAUCAAAAUCAAGUCUUACAACAAAUAUAUACUCAACAAAAGAAGUUAAUUGAAAAACAUGAUAUUUUUUCGCUUUCAAAAUAUGAAACCAGAAGAUUUCAUGGUAAUAAUAAAAUCAAUUGUGCAGUACCCUGUUAUGGUGGUAAAAAAUUAUUAUAUGGGACUGAUUCUGGAGUAUGGGUAUCAACGGUUAGAUCAAUCAGUGCAACUUCUAAUGAAAAAAUUUGCUCUGAUCCAACAUUAGUUAUAAGUAAAUUAUAUGUUACUCAAGUUGAGGUAUUGGUUGAGUAUUCCAAAUUAUUAAUUUUAAGUGAUAAAUCAUUAUAUGAAUUUGAUUUAUCAUGUACUGAUUCAUUAGACCAUAUGAAGAACACUAGAUCUGGUAAAUUAAUCUUGAAUCAUGUUUCAUUUUUCAAAACUGGUAUUUGUGAUGGAAGAUUAUUAGUUUGUGCCGUUAAAACUGGAAGUACCCAUUCAAUUAGUAUUAUCGAACCAACCAAUCCAUUCGAUCAAAGAAAUAAUAAGAAUAAGAAUAAGAAAUCAUAUGAUAUUCGAGAAAUUAUAUUUUCAUCCGAUCCAGUGUCCAUAUCAUUUUUGAAAACAAAAUUAUGUAUUGGAUGUACUAAAGGAUUUGAAAUUUUAUCAUUAGAAGCCGGGAAGAAGGAAUCGAUUUUAGAUGAGGCUGAUCCUUCGCUUGAUUUUGCAACUCAACGAGAAAGUGUUACACCUUUGGCCAUUCAUCGAUUAGACACUAAUUUCUUAUUAAGUUAUGGAGAAUUUUCAUUUUUAAUUAAUGGGAAUGGUUGGAGAACAAAUCACAAUUGGGGGAUUUUUUGGGAAGGUACUCCUCAAAACAUUGCAUUAUUUUAUCCGUAUUUAUUAGCUUUUGAACCAACUUUUAUUGAAAUCAGAGAUUUGGAAUCAACUACCUUAUUAAGAGCAUUAGUGGGAGAAAACAUUCGUUUCUUACAUCUGAAUGAACACGAAGCAUUGUAUGCUUGUGAAGAAAACGGUUACGACAUUAUUGUUUCAAUAGACUUUUUAAACUUAAAACCAAAACCUAAAAAGUAA